AAACGAGUCAAGCUGUGUAUUUAACAAUUUGUUUACUACCCCAUUGCCAGGCGAAGUUGCCAUUGGAGACACAAGGAUUCCAACACAAAACGAAAUGUCAAAUUUUACAAAAUUAAGGUGUGACGGAAUUUUACAUAGUUUGGUAAUUUCAGUGUAACCACAGACUUGAAACGAAUUUAUAAUAAAGUAACUAUAAAUCAGAUACAUUUGGUAUAUUCUCGAAUUGAGAGCAAUUAGCUGCGUAUAGAACUUUUGGCUGACCGCCAGUAAAAGGACAAUGAACUUUAUUGGUAAAAAUAGAUAUUGUAACGAAAACUAAACGAAAUCGGGUUUUUUGGCGAAGAAAAAAUGAUUACAGGAGCAGAGGGAAGGCAAACUCAUACGCUAUUGGAUUUAAAGAAACAGCAAUGGGCUAAGGAAAGAGAGGAAAUAGCGCGCAUGGAUGAAAUUAUGACAUCCUCACAUCAUUCGUCAACUUCCCAUCAAAUUGAACGCACUUCCAUAAGAACAUUUUUCUCCAAUAUGGAUCUCAGACAGAACUCCCGCCAACAGCAAAAUAUACAACAACAAUAUUAUGCGCAACCACCGUUACUUGCAAGAAAUCCAAAUUAUCAACAACAACCAUUAAAUACAAACCAGCGACAAUUGCAUCGGAACAAUAGCUACGAUAGCAAUGGUUAUGUUCACUAUGUUCAAAAUGAUAUCGACGACGACGCGGACUUUGAAGAUGAUGACUCAAGCUAUCGGCGUCUAAGGCGUGGAAAUUAUAUGCCACGAGGAGCCGCUAACGUUGGAUCGCAUAACCAGCGUAACAACACCACAAGCAUGAUGGCGCAUAUGCCAGGUAACAGCAAAUACUAUUAUGAAGAAGUCGUACCAGCAACAUUGCAAACAGCUAAAGCACGCAUACAGCGAACACAACGUAUACGCAGCCCAAGUCUGCCAGUAAUACGCCACCGGGAGUAUGUUGUCAAGCAAACAGGGCACCCUAAUAAAAUUCAUAAACAAAACCAUGAAAACAAGUACGCUCCACACAACAUUCCAACACAUGCAGUUAUUGUUGCAACGCAAGCAGUAAUUGACCCUGGAAACUCGCAAAAUCGAUUAAAUAAUAAUCCUGGUUGCCAGGAAGAAGACACUUCGGGUUAUUUAAGUGAUUCACCCAAAAACAAUCACACACCAGAUAUUUGGUAUAACGAUGGGGCGAGCCAAAUUGGAAGCAUCGUGGGUAGCAUUGUGGAUGGGGAGCAACACAUAGCCGUAAGUACUUCUGAUACUAAUAGGAUUGAAACUCUCGCAACAUGCAAUAAAAGAGCGUUGCAAGGGCAACAUUCAAUUGAUUGCUCUAAGCGUCUGGGACAAAAAUUACAAGGCGAGCAACUAAAUAAAACAUACAUAAUCAAAGGACGUGAACCAAACUAUGUAGAGUACAAUGCUUCCGAAAACCAACCCCAUGGAUAUCAGGGCAGUUAUUACGUAGCACCAAAUACUGCUUCCGAUUUGAGCCGCGAUGUAUCCACUUCAAACACUUACCAAAUACAUGCCACGGAACCUACAGAAUACUACGAAGAGCGAGAACGAGCAAAAUGGUCUAAUGUUAAUGAAUAUCAGACAAAACAAAAUGGUCCUGGUUGGUUAAGUCGUGGCAUGCAUGAUUUGAAAGACAGUGAAGAUGAUGUUCAGUCCAUACAAUCCACAUACUUAAGAGGUCAAAAUGUGCCGUUGGAUCCAGUUACAUUGGCGGAACGAAUGGAUAAAAGGCGUAAAGCGGCUGAGUAUCACAACGCCAUUAAAAAGCAAUUGCAUGAAAGAGAAAUGAUCAGAAAAUGGGAAAUCGCAAAACAUAAACAGGAAGAAAUGCUAGAAGAGGAGCGCGUAAGGCGCCAAAAACAACUGGAAGUAGAGCGUUUACAGCAAGAACGUCAGCAACAAUUAGAUAGAGAAGAGGCACACAAACGCAAGCAACAGGCCAUGUUAGAUGCAAUAGCCAAAGCAGAAGAAGCAGCAAAAGAAGAGAAACAGAAACGACGAAAAAGUAAAGCAUUAACAAAAGAAAAAUGUGAUGCAAAUAGUUGCGAUAGCGAGAUAACGAAUGAAAAUAAUAACCAGGUUGAAAACUUAAAGAUAGAAAGUAGGGAUGAACACAUAAGUAAUGAAAUCAAUGGCCUGGAAGAGCAUAACGCGAAUGGUGAACCUAAUAUAUUGGAAGUAGUUCCAAUGGUAAAUACCACUAAUGAUACAAAAAUAAUUGGAGAGAAUACUAAAACAACCAGUAAAGAAAAUGGUCAUCAACAAGAACACCCUAAAAAUGAAGUAGAGGAAGAAAAAGUACUUAUUGGAACACCUAUAAAUUUAAGGCGAACUAUUAAGAAAACUAUCCAAAUAGCAUCUAACGAUAUUAGAAAGGAUGAUUCACCACACCCAACUUUCGAGCGCAGUGUUCCUGUUAUUGUGCAGCCAGCUACCCUAAUACCACUACCAGUCACAAGUGACGUUUUCGGUUUACAAAACGCUUAUGGCAAUCUCCAGAUAGCUGCGUAUUAUAUGCAACAACAAAUCACUCCAACAACUGCUGCAUCUACAGUAGAUUUUUCUAAAUUUUCAGGUGACAUAACAACACAUCGCACGGAUUCAUCAAUUGCUACAGAGGAAGGUUACCAGCCACCAAAAACGUCUGAGAGCAAUAAGAUAGACAAUUAUAAAGAAUCUUCCGACUAUAAGGAGGAAGAAAUAGCGUUAGAUAGAACGGGCGAAAUAGAUAAAUUGGCACUGAUACCGAUGACUCCACAAAUCGAGAAACAAAAUGCAGAAAUACAUUUAACGAAUCAUGCUCAAAGUUUACAAGACGUUGAAACCCAAACAGAACUGCCACUUAACUGUGAUCUUUGCUUAUUUCAUGAUAAUUUUUAUAAAGUUCUACUCAAACGCGAAGUAUCUACAACAACCACCACACAAACUUCAAAAACUAAAUCAAAGCCAGCGAAAGAAACCGAAAAGGAUCACGAGACUACAACCACAACGACAACAACAACAACCACUACUUUCAAAGCCAAAAGUAAAGACAAGGAUAAAGAAAAGGAGAAGAAACGGAACUCUAAAGAAGGUAAUAACAAAAUGGAUGAACGCCCAAAAUGGGGAGUUAAUAGACCAGUGGUGCAAUACGUUAAGGCGAGUGAGAGAGAUCCAUUUUAUUUGCGAAACAAGAAGAAAAAUUCAACUAAGCCUUCACGUUCACUAUCCGUUGAUUCACGAUUAGAUAAUGCAGCCGAACAGGCUGACGACGAAGAAGCUGAACAAACGACUACAGGUGAAGAAGAAGGCUUUUUACUCAAAGCCCGUAAUGUGUGUACAGAAAUAUUACCUAUAAAAACCGAUGAGAAAGGACGCAUUUUCCUUAAUUUUCGUGAAGCAAGCGCAAUUAUGAAUGAGGACGAAAUAAAAGAUAAAUUAAGACAAAAGUACUUUAACUUUGGACGCAUAUUACCAAGGCGAAGCUGGGCUUCAGCAACCCAACAUGGCUUGCAGUUUAACAUGACUGGAAUAGGCGAUAUGGCAAAUGAUUAAAAAUGUUUUAAGUUUCCUUAGUUGCUGCUUUUAAAUAAACCAUAGACAGUGAAGUAGAGAACAGUGAAUACAUAAUUUUUAUUUGUGGAUUUUAGCUAAGAGAGAUAAGUUGUAGUUGAACAUAAUACAUUUAUAAUAAAUAUAUUUGCAAACCAUUCUAAUCACA